ACUCUCCUAAAGAAAGUAUAGGAAAGAGUGGUGGAAAAGAUCUUUUGCUUCUUUAAUUGAGAAAGAUAACACAACUAAAUGUUUUUGGUAGAACAAGGGUCCAACCUGAAACCUCUCAACCAAUCAAAAACCAUGAAAUGCCUAUCCUACAUUUCCAUGUCAUCACACUAUCCAAAUGAAUGAGAAAUGAGUGGUUGUGCACCUCCAAACUUGGAAGAACAACCAUCCCUACUUCCACUGCAACACAAAAAAUUAUCAGAUCAUCCUAAAAAAAAAAAGAAAAAUUAUUAAUCCCUUUACAAACAAAAAUAAGGAAAACCACAUAAAUAAAAUUUAAAAUCUUUAUCAUAUCAUUUCAAAUACUCAAUUUUCUCAUCCUGGUGUGUGCCUUAGAAUCUCUCACAGGAACAAUCAAUUGAUAUAGUACUGCCAUGGCUUCAAGUUCAACCUCAGCUCUAACUAUCUCUUCCUCAUCCACCUUUGUUGACACCAAGGCUCCCCGCCAAUCCGCCGGGUCAUCCCCGCAAUGUGUGUCACUCCCCACUCUUCCACCGCCCCCAGUGCAGACUCAGAAGCGCCCAUGGAAGAGCACUGCUUACUGCCGUAAGCUUGCUAGAAAUGUCAUUGCCAUGGCCACUGGAGAAGCCCCUGCUGAAGUUGCAACUGCUGAGACACCAGAGAUCAUCCAGACCGUUCAAGAAGCUUGGGACAAAGUUGAAGACAAGUAUGCAGUUUCUUCACUUGCUGUAGCUGGUGUUGUUGCACUUUGGGGCUCCACUGGGAUGAUUUCGGCAAUUGAUAGGCUUCCAUUAAUUCCUGGGGUUCUUGAGUUGGUAGGAAUUGGCUACUCUGGGUGGUUUGCAUACAAGAACCUGGUUUUCAAACCAGACAGGGAAGCCUUGUUACAGAAAGUAAAAGACACAUACAAGGAGAUUAUUGGGAGCAGCUAGAAGAACCUCAACCAAAUUGUUGCUGAGAUGAGUUGAAAUUCCGGCUUUUGAAGAAAUAUAUCUCAGCAUUGUCCGUAAAUAUGUGACCAUUCUCUGGUUUUUCUUUUUUUCUCUAUAAGCUUCUGACUAGUGGCAAAUUGGCAAUGUACUUCUCUUGGAGAUACAUGUAACUAUUAUCUUUCCUUUCCCUUUAAAGCAUUAAAGCACCAUGUAGUUCUGAUAUAACAUGUUUUUAUAUACUUGGAAGGGAAAAACAAAUAGUCUAAAUUUUAGUAAUAAGUCAAUAAAUUGAAGAUGGAAGUACAACAAGAAAGUUUUUUU